GCAAGGCUCGCCGCUAGAUGAAUUCGGGGCUCGGCCGGCCGCGCCUGGAGCGCGGGGGGUUUGAGGAGCUGCUGCCGCGCCGCUCUGGUAGCGGCCGUUGCUGUGGCGCCCCCCGCUCCGCCCAUGGCCUCCCCGCUGCAGGACCCCGUCUUGAUCCGGACUCUCCGGGGCCACGGAGCGGCGGUGACCGGCGUCGCCUUCAAGGCGGACGGCGCGGGGCUGGCUACCUCCUCUUUGGAUAGAUUUCUUAUGGUGUGGAAGCUGAAGACACAAUGCAGAGCUUACAAAUUUAUAGGCCACGCAGAAGCAGUGACCAGUGUACAGUUCUCACCAGAUGGGCAGCUCCUCGCUUCAGCUUCUCAAGAUCGUACAGUCAGACUAUGGAUUCCCUGCAUUCAUGGAGAAUCAUCAGUAGUGAAAGGUCAUACAGCAUCUGUUCGUAGCGUGAACUUCUCACAUGAUGGCCACUUUCUAGUUUCAGCAUCCAAUGAUAAAUCAAUAAAAAUAUGGAGUGUUCGCCGUCAGAGCCUUUUGUAUUCCCUAUUCCAACACACUCACUGGGUUCGCUGUGCCAAAUUUUCACCUGAUGGAAGACUAAUAGCAUCUUGCAGUGAGGAUAAAUCUGUUAAGAUCUGGGAUACAAGAAAUAAAACUUGUAUUGAUAGCUUCUUAGAUUAUGGAGGAUUUGUGAAUUUUGUGGAUUUCAACCCAAGUGGUACAUGUAUAGCUUCUGCAGGUUCCAAUCAUACAGUGAAACUAUGGGAUAUUCGAAUGAACAAGCUACUGCAGCAUUACAAAGUUCACAGAGCAGGGGUUAAUUGUGUAUCGUUCCAUCCUUCUGGUAACUAUCUCAUCACUGCUUCUACUGAUGGUACCCUUAAGAUUUUGGAUCUCUUAGAAGGAAGACUUAUUUACACUCUUCAUGGACACAAGGGACCUGUACUUUCUGUGGCUUUUUCCAAAGGUGGUGAAAAAUUUGCCUCAGGUGGAGCAGAUUCUCAGGUAUUACUAUGGAAAACCAACUUUGAUUCAUUUGAUUAUAAAGAAGUACUUAAACACCAUAUCAGAAGAACACAUAUUGAUGAUCCUCCUCAUCUUCUUGAUAUUUACCCAAGGUCACCUCAUCUCCAUGAUGAAAAACUUCAGUCAGUUGAGGUCAACCCUAGCUUUGGUGUGACUAAUACACAAACACUUGACCCACCUGUCAUAGAGAUUAGUUCCUCUUCAACUUUCAGUACUCCGGGUGACGUCAGCAGUGAAGAUGUGCGGUAUCCCCCUGCUUCGGGCUUGGCAGCAAGUUCAAAAAGGGAGCCGGAGGCUGAGGGCGAAUCAGCUGUGCAUAAUGUGGACAAGCAAGCAGGCAUCUCCCCCUCCCUGGGCAGUGCUUUAGAGCACAUUGUGGAGCAGCUGGAUGUUUUAACUCUAACUAUUUCAAUCCUGGAACAACGUCUGACUUUGACUGAAGAUAAAUUGAAAGAAUGCUUAGAAAAUCAGCAAAAAAUGUUACUUGAGGGAAGACAGGAAGAAUAAAAGAUGAAAAUGAACUGUAUUGAUGAAUAUGUUUCAUAUAUUCACACGGACAUAACAAAAAUGUUACUUCACUGGAUUUUGAUAUAAGAAAAAAAAAAGCAUCCUCUUUUUCUAACAAGUCAAUGUAAUAAAAACUGAAGAAAAAUUGUACAACACGCCUAGACAGCGGUAGCAAGCAGAUAUUCUGGUUAUAUAUUUAAGAAAAUGUAGCACAGACAAGACUAAUAUUUUUCUAAAAUCAUUCCCAUUGACCAGUACAGGACCCUUAUUUCAACCUAAUAAGUUCUUUGAAUACAACUAAGCAACAAACUACAUAUUUUUAGGCAAAUAGCGGUUAUUACCGAAGUGCACUAUGUCAUUUUUUUAAUUUGAGUAAUGAUUGUGAAAAUAAUACUCUUUGUGCUAAGGCAAUUACUGAAGCACUUAAAUGAAAUAAGACCUAAUUAGUCCUAACUCCAAAAAUGCCAGAGGUUCUCUUUGUCCCUUACAUACUCUCAAAUAUUUUUACCAAAAAGUAGCGACGUUUACUCCUGUAAACAAUUUAGUGGAUUGCAAGAAGAUGUGGUGUAAAAACUCUUAGUUACAAAUAUGAAAAUGAAGUCAUUUAAACUUUGAAACCAUAAUUGCAUCUAUGUAAAUUCAACUGCAGGACUGAUGCAGCCCAGUACUUCUGUUUAUCUCAUCCCCAUCAAAAUUCAUUUCUCGUAUUUAGAAAAAUAAAAACCAGCUUCAUACUUCUGAAGAAUAUAUUUCAACCAAACACAAAAUGAUGUGAAAUCUGUAUCACAAAUACAAAAGAUUCUCAUCCUCCAAGGACUUCCACAGGCGCUCAAGCUUUGUGUGCUUUGAAAGUCCCCCAUCAGUUAAUGUGUUACAAAUGAAGCUGUAAAUCAGGAAAGACUUUGCCAUGUAUGAUGAUUUUGGUUUCAUUUUUAAUAAAAAUGCAAUUUUUAGAUGAUUGCAUGUCUUUUUUUUUUUUAAUAGAAAACUUCUUUGCUGCUUUAUAUCUGCCUACUAUUUUUUUAAAUGGCAAUUGCAGAACACCUAUUAUAAAGCCAAAAUCAAAAUGAGGUAGUCAUCCAUUUCUGCAACUUCACAUUUUAUAUGUUGAACAAUAGGACACAUGAAAUGUGAAAUUCUGCAAGUGACUGUAUAUAGAUAAAGCCCAUUUCCCAGGCUGAACCUCAUUAACAUCAACAGAGUUCAGCUUAAGUACAGAAGCUCACGGUGCAAAUACUAUUGCCGUUUGAGCCAAAGCAAUGAGCAGUCAAAUUUUCUUUCAUAACUCUUUAUUUUCCCUCAAAGUAAUCACCCUCAGAGCCGGACACCACCUCACUUGCUUGGUAAACUCUGAAUUUUACCAAUAAUUACUACAUGUUUUCAGGUCAAUCUUUAGUACUGUUUAUCGCAAAGAAACCGUCUCUUACAAAGAUUUUUAGAUGCAACUAUUUCUAUGCAACUUCCUAGCACAGAUCUUUUUUGGUGAAAGGAUGAUCUUACAUAUUCCAAUGAAGACAGCCUGACCUUUGAUUAUGCAAUUGUUUAUAAUGCUAUAUAAUGCAUAGCUAUGUAAAUACUGUCUUUUAGGUCAGAUGUACUUUGCUUUAUGCUUUUGCAAAUACUCUUGUGGGCUUUGUAUUUUCUUGGCUGCAUUAGAAGAUGCAAAACAAUGUAGCUAUUAAAAUCCUUUGCUUGA